AAGAACCUCCGAAGUGCCUAUGGCAAGCUCAAGAAGCGGGCCAGAUCUGCGAGGAAGUCAGGCCAACUUGGCCAAGCAUCCUGCAGGUUGACCAGCAGACAGGAGUGGAAGCUGCAGAACUUGGCCUUUCUGGAUGAGGUCAUUCGGCCCCGGACUCAGGGACAGGAGUUAGGAAGGGUUGCUAGCCAGGACGAGGACGAGGAUGAUGACGAAGUGGAUCGGGCGCAGGAAGACUUUGGGGCACCCGACAAUGAGGACGAGGACAGAGGAACUGAAAGUCGGAAGAGGGGCAGCAGUGCUGACAGCCAAGUCUGUGCGUCUAAGAGGUACAGGAACAGGGCCGGCAUUAGCACCAGCACCAGCAUCAGCAGGAAGAAGACGGGCGAAAAUAGUGUGCCUGAUGUGGGGGAGAACCAGAGAAGGGACCGGGAAACCAAGAAAAAGGUGGAAGAGUCUGCAACCAGGCAACUGGACGAGAGAGAGGCGUGGCCAGCUGGUUGCAGACGGUGGUGUACAACUGCCCGAAGGAGAAGUUCUGUCAGUUCCAGACGGAAACCCUGACCUUGUCCCGGUGCUAUCAGAAAAUGGAUGAGGGGCACCGUACGAGUGGUCAGGAGUGUCCAGCUUCACCCCCAGCUUCAC